AUGCCGCCUCCAAUCCCCUUCCCUGCUUCCCCCCAUCCCCUUCCCUGCUUCCCCCCAUCCCCUUCACUGCUUCCCCCCCUCCCCUUCCCUGCUUCCCUAUGUCCCCUUCCCUGCUUCCCCCCAUUUCCUUCCCUGCUUCCCCCCAUCCCCUUCCCUGCUUCCCCCCAUCCCCUUCCCUGCUUCCCCCCAUCCCCUUCCCUGCUUCCCCAUGUCCCCUUCCCUGCUUCCCCCCAUUUCCUUCCCUGCUUUCCCCCAUCCCCUUCCCUGCUUGCUCCCAUCCCCUUCCCUGCUUCCCUCCAUCCCCUUCCCUGCUUCCCCGUGUCCCCUUCCCUGCUUCCCCAUGUCCCCUUCCCUGCUUCCCCAUGUCCCCUUCCCUGCUUCCCCAUGUCCCCUUCCCUGCUUCCCCCCAUCCCCUUCCCUGCUUCCCCCCAUCCCCUUCCCUGCUUCCCCCCAUCCCCUUCCCUGCUUUCCCCCAGGGUCCUCCCCUUCCCUGCUUCCCCCCAUCCCCUUCCCUGCUUCCCCCCAUUUCCUUCCCUGCUUUCCCCCAUCCCCUUCCCUGCUUGCUCCCGUCCCCUUCCCUGCUUCCCCAUGUCCCCUUCCCUGCUUCCCUAUGUCCCCUUCCCUGCUUCCCCCCAUUUCCUUCCCUGCUUCCCCCCAUCCCCUUCCCUGCUUCCCCCCAUCCCCUUCCCUGCUUCCCCCCAUCCCCUUCCCUGCUUCCCCCCAUCCCCUUCCCUGCUUCCCCCCAUCCCCUUCCCUGCUUUCCCCCAGGGUCCUCCCCUUCCCUGCUUCCCCCCACCCCCUUCCCUGCUUCCACUCAGCCCCUACUCUGCUUCCCCCCAUCCCCUUCCCUGCUUGCCCCAUGUCCUCUUCCCUGCUUGCCCCAUGUCCUCUUCCCUGCUUGCCCCAUGUCCUCUUCCCUGCUUCCCCCCAUUUCCUUCCCUGCUUCCCCCCAUCCCCUUCCCUGCUUCCACCCAUCCCCUACUCUGCUUCCCCCCCUCCCCUUCCCUGCUUCCACCCAUCCCCUACUCUGCUUCCCCCCCUCCCCUUCCCUGCUUCCCUCUGUCCCCUUCCCUGCCUCCCCCCAUCCCCUUCCCUGCCUCCCCCCAUCCCCUUCCCUGCUUUCCCCCAUCCCCUUCCGUGCUUCCCCCCAUCUUCAGCCGUGCUUCCCCCCAUCUUCAGCCGUGCGUCCCCCCCUUUUCAGCCGUGCUUCCCCCCAUCUUCAGCCGUGCUUCCCCCCAUCUUCAGUCGUGCUUCCCCCCAUCUUCAGCCGUGCUCCCCCCCAUCUUCAGCCGUGCUUCCCCCCAUCUUCAGUCGUGCUUCCCCCCAUCUUCAGCCGUGCUCCCCCCCAUCUUCAGCCGUGCUUCCCCCCAUCCCCUUUCGUGCUUCCCCCCAUCCCCCUCCCUGCUUCUCCCCAUCCCCCUUUCUGCUUCCCCCCAUCCCCCUCCCUGCUUCCCCCCAUCCCCCUCCCUGCUUCCCCCCAUCCCCCUCCCUGCUUCCCCCCAUCCCCCUCCCUGCUUCCCCCCAUCCCCCUCCCGGCAUCUCCCCUCCGUUCUCACAUUCCUUCCCACCCUCACGCUCCCAUUCCUCUCUUUCCCUCCUCCUGCACUCUCUUUCUCCUUGCACCCGCGCACUCUCUCUCUCUUCCUCCCGCACUCUCUCUCUCUCUCAGUCCUCUCGCACUCUCACUCUCCUUCCCACCACCCUCAGCCCCUUCCCCCCACCCUCUGCCCUCCUUCCCCCCACCCUCAGCCCUCCUUCCCCCCACCCUCAGCCCUCCUUCCCCCCACCCUCAGCCCUCCUUCCCCCCACCCUCAGCCCUCCUUCCCACCACCCUCAGCCCUCCUUCCCCCCACCCUCAGCCCUCCUUCCCCCCUCUCUGCCUCCUUCCCCCCACCCUCUGCCCUCCUUUCCCCCACCCUCUGCCCUCCUUCCCCCCACCCUCUGCCCUCCUUCCCCCCACCCUCUGCCCUCCUUCCCCCCACCCUCUGCCCUCCUUCCCCCCACCCUCAGCCCUCCUUCCCCCCACCCUCUGCCCUCCUUCCCCCCACCCUCUGCCCUCCUUCCCCCCACCCUCUGCCCUCCUUCCCUUCCUUUUCAUGUCCUAUCCCCUCACCCCUCCCUGUCCUAUCCCCUCACCCCGCCUUGUCCUAUCCCCUCACCCCUCCCUGUCCUAUCCCCUCACCCCUCCCUGUCCUAUCCCCUCACCCCUCCCUGUCCUAUCCCCUCACCCCGCCCCUCACCCCUCGCCAUCCCAGGCGAGCAUGA